AUGGACACUAAAGCAGAUAUCGUCGUCGACGCCAGAGAUGUAGAUGAGGCUUUCUAUGCCGUGAAGCAUCAGAAGGAGGUGGGAGAGACGACCAAUGUCGACGAGAAACGACUACUCCGGAGGAUCGAUCUAAAAUUGAUGCCGUUGAUGUUUAUGUGCUACUUCUUGCAGUACUCAGACAAGACGCUAAUCAACUAUGCUGCCGUCAUGGGUCUUAUCGAAGAUACAAACAUGCCCGACAACGGUUUCUCACAUCUAGCCAUUGCCUUCUACUGCUCCUUCUUGUUCUUCGAGCCAAUCCAGGCUUUCUGCCUACAAAGGUUCCCGAUAGCGAAGUGGCUUGGUGCGAAUGUGAUUUGUUGGGGCAUCGUCUUGUGCAUGAACUGUGUAGCUCGCAGCUAUGCACCACUGGUCGUUCUUCGUGUGCUCCUUGGAGUCUUCGAGUCGGCUACAGCUCCCAGUCUCAACCUCAUGACCACCAUGUGGUACAAAAGGCACGAACAAACCCUCCGUACAGGCUACUGGUAUCAAGGAACCAGCAUCGGACCUGCGGUAUCCUCACUCAUAGCCUACGGCUUUGUCCACUGGGCAGCUUCUUCUCCGGAUGCGAACUUUAAGCCCUGGCAAGUGCUGUUCUUGCUGUAUGGCUUGAUCACGAUCGUGACCGGGAUCUUGGUACUUCUGUUUCUGCCGGACAACCCGAUGAAGAGCCGAUUUAGCCACGAUGAGAAGAUUGUCGCUGUUGAGAGGCUGAGAGAGAACCAGACCGGCAUCGAGAAUAAGCACUUCAAGUGGGCGCAAUUCAGGGAGACAUUGGCUGAUCCACGGACAUGGAUUCUGAGUAUGAUCGUCGUAUCGACUAACAUCCCCAAUGGUGCUGUGAGCUCAUUCUCGAGCAUCAUUAUUGAGAACUUCGGUUACAACCAGUAUCAAACGCUCCUACUCAACCUGCCAAGCGCCGCAGUGGCAUUUGUAGCGGUCUUGCUUGGGACGUGGUGGGCAGGUCGAUAUAACGCUCGCGGGAUAGCUAUCAUCGCACUCGUCACACCGACCAUCAUUGGCGGCGCACUCAUGGCCUGGCUGCCGCCGGACAACAAAGCGGGACUGCUCAUUGGUAAUUACCUAACGAACACCGUGGGUGCCUCACUACCACUGAUGUAUAGCUGGAUCGGAGCCAAUUACAGCGGACACACCAAGAAAGUCACGAUGAAUGCCAUCGUUCUGAUGUCGUUCUGUGUUGGCAAUGUGAUCGGGCCGGAAACAUUUCAAGCCAAGUCAGCGCCUGCGUAUAUCCCGGCAAAGAUCACCAUCGUGGCUGUUCUGUCGGUCGCGAUUCUCCUAGUCCUGCUGUUGGAUUAUCUGAUCAUUCGUGAAAACAAGAAGCGAGACCAAGCUGGGUUGGUCGAUAUGCCGGCCAAUUAUGAGUUCAUGGAUCUCACGGACAAGGAGAAUAGGAACUUCCGUUACCUCCUGUAG